AUGUGGGCACAGUUUCUGUUUGUCCUGUCUCUGUGUUUCUGGGAGAAAGCUGAAAGCCCCGCUCACUGCUCUCUGUGCAGGGAACCAUCACAGCAGACAAACUUCAAAACCAGUAUUCUUCUGAAAAAUCUGGUGUCCAUUGCCAGAAAAGCCAGUCUCCGGCAAUUCCUGAGCUCUGAGGAACACAUGUGUGCUUUACACAAGGAGACAAAGCAGAUCUUCUGUGAAGACAGCAGGAGCCUGCUCUGUUUGCUCUGCUCCAGCUCUCAGGAGCACGAGGCUCACAGACACUGCUCCAUUGAAGAGGCUGCUGAGGAAUCCCGGACUUAUCUAAAUGGACAGCAAGAUGAAACCAGAGAUUUUUAUGAGACUCUGCAACUGGUUCUCUAUGAGGAAGAAGAACAAUAUUUAGAGAAUCUUUUUAAGGAAGGCUCAAAAAUGUUUGAGCAACUGGAGAAAUGUGGAGCCAAAAUGAUAGAGAAGGAGAUAAGCCUAAGGGCAACGUAUGAGGAGCUCAUGCACCUGUGCCAUAAACCAGAUGGAGAGCUGCUCCAGGAAUUAGGGGACAAAUUGACAAGGAGUGAGCGGCCUCUGCAACCACAACUGCCUGCACGACCCAUCACUGGACUGGUGGACAGGCUCAACCACUUCCGAGUGGAAAUUUCCUUCACCAAUGAAAUAACCAACCACAAUAUCAGGCUGCUUGAUGACGUGAGAAGUCUGAGUUUUAGGCAUGACAGUUAUUACGCAUCUCAGGAUCCGGGAACAUGUAACUAUUACGCUGCAUGGGGAGCCCAGGUCUUCCCCUCUGGCAAACAUUAUUGGGAGCUGCACGUAGAUGACUCUUGGGACUGGGCUGUAGGGGUCUGUAAGGAGUCCUGUCUAAGGAAGAAUGGCACACUGAUUGGGUCUCAGGACACAUUUCUCCUUUUAUGUCCGAAGGAGGAUAAUUGUUAUACUCUCUGGACCACCGCCCCAAUGACUCGUCAGUUCAUAGAGAAACCUCUGGGCAGGGUUGGUGUGUGCCUUGAUGCUGACAGUGGAAGUGGAACUUUUGUGGAUGUUGCGAAGUGAUCUCUCAUAAACAUUCCUGCAUUAAGCCUCAGUUUCCCUUUCAGGCCGUUCACUUACACCAGCCGUUCAUGA